UAACAAGCGGGACAUCACCAUCGUCCCUGGAGGUGGAGGGGACAGCAGGGAGAGAAUCUGAGUAGGGUUCACCUCCAUGGCCGAAACCUUACAAAGGAUCUGUCCCUGUUUAAAUUCCGUGUGGAAUGUAAUCUUCGCUUCUAGAGAAAGCCCUGAGGAUGAUGGAGGGAAGGAUUUACCACAGCGUCGGAGUUCUCUGGUAUCUACUCCGAAGGAGAGCUGGAGCAGCGUUUACACGGCGCUGUAUGACUUUAGCGCCAGGACAACUGAGGAACUGUCUUUCCAAGCUGGGGAUGAGUUUGAAAUCCUUAAGGAGGACGACCGUUCACCGGGAACUUGGUUGUUUGCAAAGAAACGAACUCAUUCCAAGGGCCAUAACUGCACGGGAUAUAUUCCUUUUAAUUAUGUUGCUAAGAAAGAACGUGUAACCACUGAGCCUUGGUAUGCUGGGAAACUCAGCCGGUCAGAAGCAAAAAUUAUUCUUCUCUCUAGCGAGACCAUAACUGGGUCUUUUCUUAUCCGUGAAAGUGAAAAUCAAGAAAACACAUAUGCAUUAUCUGUACGAGAUGGAGCCAUUAUCAGACACUAUCGAAUCAUGCAAAAUAAAGCUGGGACGUUUUGCCUGAAUACAAACAAACAAUUUUCCAGUCUAAAAGAACUUGUGGAAUACUACAAAUUAAGUUGUCUUCGAUCAAAUCUCCUAUUAACUACACCUUUUCCGAAAAAAUAUCAACCAAAUAUAAGGGAUUUGUCCUAUUUGACUGUGGAUGACUGGGAGCGACCAAAGAAAGAAUUCACAUUCACAAAGAAAUUGGGAUCUGGACAUUUUGGAGAAGUAUAUGCUGGAUAUUGGAAUAAAACAGUUCAAGUAGCCAUCAAAACGGUCCAUGUUGAUGUAAUGAAUCAGAAAGAUUUCCAGGCAGAGACGCAGGUUAUGAAGAGAUUGCAUCAUCCACAUAUAAUGUCGCUUUAUGCAGUAUGCACAACAGCAGAUCCUUAUUACAUUGUAACAGAACUAAUGAAAAAUGGCAGUUUGCUAAAUUAUUUACGAAGCAAAGAAGGAUUACAUUUGAACACAGAACACCUGCUUGACAUGACGGUUCAAAUAGCAGAGGGAAUGUCAUAUUUGGAAUCCCAAAACUAUAUCCAUCGAGAUUUGGCAGCAAGGAAUGUACUUGUUGGAGAAAACUGCAUUUGCAAAAUUGCUGACUUUGGAUUAGCCCGCUUGGUAAAGGAGGAUGUGUACGUGUCUCAAUCAACUACAAUUCCAUAUAAAUGGACGGCCCCAGAAGCUAUAGAAUUUGGCCAUUUCUCUGUGAAAUCUGAUGUGUGGUCUUUUGGUGUUCUUCUUUACGAAACAGUCACUCAUGGUAAAACACCUUACCCAGGUAUGAACAACCAAGAAGUAGUGAGCAUGGUUUCUAAAGAUUACCGAAUGCCUUGUCCUGACGAAUGUCCGAGAAAACUGUAUGAAAUAAUGCUUCGGUGCUGGAACAGCAGAGCACAAAAUCGCCCAUCAUUUAAAGCAUUAGUACAAAUGUUGGUGUCCUUCAACAACUAUGAAGAUGCUGUUUGACCUGCUGAACAUUUAGAGUAUUUUCUGCUUUUAUUUCAGAUUUCCAGUAGCCACAGUAUUCUAUUUUUGUUAUUACUUUAAUUUAUGCUUUAUUUUUCUUCUGUCCUCAAAACGAGCCAAGUGUGGUAUUCCAGUAAUUGGAUAGACAAUUCUAAUUCACAUAGAAACUGUUUCUAAUGCACAACAACUUCUUCAAUCUGGAGAGUACGUAACCAAGGCAUUUCUGGAUUUUGGAAUUUUCUGAAAUAUAAAAUAAUGUUAGAAAGCCCAACAACAAGUGUGCGAACUGGAUUCAAGACUGAACCCAAGACAUAAAACACACCAAAACUAUGUUAAGACAUGACGGUGCAUGGUUUCAAAUCCAUCAUUUGAACCUAUUGGCUGAUGCACCAACACACAUGGAUACGGAAUUAAAUUGAGCAUCAUCGACAGUUAAACAAUGCAUUCCAUUAUAAACAUUAUUGAAGGUUUGCAAAUCACAAUGUUUUAAUAUAUUUGAAAACAUUUAAAGUUAUCUCAAAUUGUUACCUAAUCAACAUACGCAGUCAAACACACACAGAUUAAUCAAUCCCUCUCCCCAUAUUUUGAUGCCAGUGUCUGCAAAACAGAGUCACCAGAAUGGGAUAAUCGCUGAUACAGCGGGGUAAGGGGGGAGUUGAAACACAGCAAAAUUUAAAGCUGUCACUCAGCUUCCCUGCUCAGCCACACCACCUACAUAGAAUCCAUACAGUGUAGAAGCAGGCUAUUCAGCCCCCUCAAGUCCACACCAAUGCUCCAAAAGAGCAUCCCACCCAGACCCAUUCCCCUGCACACUAUGGGCAAUUUGGCAUAACCCACACAUCUUUGGACUAUGGGAGGAAAACAGAGCAUCCAGAGGGAACACACACAGACACAGGGAGAACAUGCAAACUCCACAUAGACAUUCACCCAAGGGUGGAAUUGAACCUGGGCCCCGGUACUAUGAGGCAGAUGUGCUAACCACUGAGCCACUAUGCUGGCUCUUCCCAUAUUUCCAGACUUACCAAUAAAUCAGUGACUGAGUUACAUUUACCUCCUACCUCUACACAAACAUCCCAGGCCCACUAGACAAUUGCUGAUAAAAGUGUUUUCAUGGCUUAACAAGCAUGUUGAGCUCAUUGUCUGCACAUUGCUGUUUGGCAGCAUCAACCCAGUGGAUCAUGGGCUUGUACAGUGCUGGGAGUAGUGAGUGUGAGUUGAAGGGCUUGCUGAAAAGAAUUCCAGGUAACUGGUGUUUCUGUAUUUCUUUGUUCCAGACUGGAGAAGUUACAAUGCUCUAUGUUGGUUAUUACUGCAUUUGUCCCAGUCUGUACCCAGAUAAUUUACCUCCAUUCACUCAUAAUAUUUGCAAUAACCCAUUGACAGAUGUACAAACGUGACUGACAGAUUUGGGUGAAUUUUUUGUUUAAUUCUCCUCUGUUCUCCCUUCCCUGUGAGAAAUUCUAGCCCUUUGAGCCUCUAAAAUGUUCAUUGCUCCUACAUCACGCCAUUAGGUGCCUUGGACCUAACCUCUGGAAUGGCCUCCUCAAUCCCUUUUUGCCUUUCCUUCCUCCUUUUAAGCAUGUUCCUUCAGACAUACCUACCAAAGUUUUGGUAAUCCACCCUAACGUGGCUUGCUUUCAGUUUUGCUUGUGAUGUCUGUCAUGAGGAACGUGCCAAGUAGCGAUUUUGUUUUUACUCCUUCAUAGAUGAAGGUCCAGGCCAGCAGUUGGUGCAUAUCCCUAACUGCCCUUGAGAAGGUUGUGGCGAGUCAUCUUCCAUCUUAGUGGUUUGCUAGGCUGGUUCAGGGCCAACCAUAUUCCCAUGGGUAUAGAGUCACUUGUAGACCACCAGUUGCACUUGAUUUGAACUAGUAUCACCAGAAAAUUAAUCAGGGGAUCUGGAUUGCUAACAUUAACAUAAUGCUGUCAUUGCCUUGGGAUUGAUCUUCUAGUGCAGCAAUAACAAUAUGCAGCCAGCCAUGUCCUUUGUGUUAACUUUUCAAAGUAAAUAAAACAUGGAGAAUCUGUGAACUAUUUCUUCACUUUCAAUGUGAUAAUAGUUCUAGAUAUUGUAUCUAAAUGCUUUUCUUUAAUGCAGUCUAAUUCCCUUUUAUUGUAAAUUGAUUUACAUUUGUUAUCAGUAUUAAGUAAAGGUAUUGUACAUAAAGCAGCAACUCAGUGAAUGAUGUAACAGUGUGAGGUUUUUAUUGUUUUUGGGAAUUCCCAUAAUAAAGUUAUGAUUAAGAUACACACAAUGAGUAAUUCAAAUAGAUCUAAAGCUUGUGGCUGCCUAUUUGAUAGCUGAAAUCAGAAAUGAAUCUUGUUUGAGAGAUUAUUUAAUAAAUUAUUUUACCUUCCUUAUGAGGCUUGCAUGCAACACCUUAAUGAUUGUCAUCCGAAAAUGAAAUUAAAUUAAUUCAGAAAUG